UUUAUUCUUUUCUAACCAGGCUCCUGAACUCUUCACACCACGCCAUGCUUCCACAGCUUUAGAAAAUGCAAGGAAGAUACUAGUUGGUCCUUUGGGAAUGAAGACUUUGGACCCAGCUGACUGGGCUUAUCGUGGAUUUUAUGACAAUACGAAUGAUUCUGCUGAUGGGAAAGUGGCUCGAGGAUGGAACUACCAUCAAGGGCCUGAAUGGUUAUGGCCAGUAGGAUAUUUUCUUCGUGCCAAAUUACACUUUGCAUUAGCUGUGGGUGGAAAAUUGGAGCUAGAAAAAGCCAUUAAGUUUGUCAAGUCCAUUUUGUCAAAUCACUUCCAAGGAAUUCAAAUCAGCAAAUGGAAAGGUCUACCAGAGUUGACCAAUAAAGAUGGAGCAUUCUGUCCAGGUAGCUGCCCCAUUCAGGCUUGGAGUCAUGCCUGUCUUCUGGAUGUUCUGUAUGACCUUGACAAGAUCUAUGCCCCUCUAAUUGGUCCUAAUCUUGUUAAUGGCAGUGUUAACUGAGUUUUUAGUUAAUAAUCCAGAAACAAGGUUAACAUCCUUGCAGAUGAAUUUCAAAUAAAGUAGUUUUUCUUAUUGCUGUGAUUCUUUUUAUUAUUAAUGUAGUGGCCAGUUACACUUUUUAUUAAAAUAAUACAGGUUGUCAUCUUUCCCAUGUAAUUCCAAAUCUAGAUAUUAUUGAGGAAAGCUUUUGGACAAAUUUGUUGCCUUAAAUUCUCCCUUUGUGUUGUUUGAAUUUCAUCGCAAAGAAAAAAAUUGCAUUGGAUGAAUUUACGAGUUUUUCAUAGAUACAAUUUGUCUGGAUUGUUUCGGGUAAGAAUACUUGAUGUAGAAUUUUAUGUAAAAGUGAGCAUUUGAAAAGAAUAAUGAGAAUAAUAAUAAUUCUGAAUAUGAAAAAUAACAUUGUUAAGCAAUAAAUUAGCUUUUUUAUGUUGAUUUUAAUUAAUCUGUAAUAUUUCUUGUAUUUUAAUUAAAACAUUUAAGGAUAGAUUUCUGUGGUAAGUGUUAUAAGGUUCUGUAUGAGGCCUCAACUAAUCUCCCAUAAGAUGUGCUCUUUAUUCAAAAGUACAAGAGGUUUAGAUUUUCUGUUACUUGUUUUUGAGUCAAAUAAAAAUUAUCUGGAAGAAAUUAAGGUAUACCCUUCUCACAGAAUAAUCUUGUGUAUAAAUUCAAAACUUUGUAAAAAUCAAAUUAUUUGCUUUCAAGUAAUGUUUUUUAUCACUACUAUUUCAAAUUCUUUCUUUGAAUAUGUAUUUGAGCAACACUCUGUUAUUAGUAACUAUUUUUAAAAUACAAUUAAUGAUGAAAAGUAUCAAAUAUGAAAAGAUUGUUUGAAUCUGGCAUGAGAAUUUUAUUCUGGUGUCACAAAGUUUAUUUUUGUUACUAUCUACAGAUUAAUUGUAUAUUGUCUCUGUUUUAUUAUUUCAAUUGACUCUCUUACAUGAUACAUAUAUGAAGUGAUACAGAGGUAUAGUUUUGUAUACUGAUGUCCCAACAUACUACUAUAUCCACUUUUAAAUUUGAAGUUUAUUACAAAAGUAUUAAGUUGUGUAGAAUUAGGUUUGUUCAAGAAUUAGUUGCAAGAUUUAAAACACGUUAAAUUAGAUAAUAAAUGAAUUAAUGACAAAUUAAUUGAAAAUUAUCCAAUCACUGAAAUUAUAUUUAGUUCUCUUAAACUGAUGUUAAAAAUGGAGUUAUUCUGGUUGUGUGAUUAUGAAAUGUCACGAUUAUUUUACUGUAAUUGAAUUUAUCAGAUAUAGAUUCAAUUUAAUAUGAUAUCAUAACAUUAAAUAUAUUCCAUCCCAACCAAUUACGUAAAGAUCUUGAAAAUUUUCCUGUUCUAGUUACACAAAGAAACUGCUGAAUUGUUUUGACUAGGAUAUUUUUGUUAUGCAUGCACAUCAUAUUUUGAGAUAUGUUAAUCUUUUGUGGACUUAUCUCUGUGUUCUAAUCUUUGUUUUUUUCAAGAUGGUUGAGCAUGUUCUUAACAUUUAGUUCUAGAUCAAAUUUCAAACAAACUCAAAGAACCUUGUUGAUUUUUUCGUGGUUUUUACAUGUAAGUGUUUAUAUCUUGUCAUCACAUUAUUAUUGAAGAGUAGUAAUUAUAUAUAUAUAUAUGCCUUUUAUUCUUAAUUAAAUAUAGAGAAAGUAAAAGUGCCCAACUAAAUCAUGAAGUCGCAGCAAUCAAACCAUAUUAAAAUUUUCAGUAUAAAACAAAAAUAUCUUAAGAGCUUAUGAGAAAUGCUAGAUAAACCUGUCAUUCAAAAGAAGUUUUGGGUGGACUAUUGCAGUUUAUAUUCAUGUGUUUGAUAGCAUCAUCCACCUGUUUCUGUUUUCAUUUAUGGAAAACUCUUUGAUAUGUUAGUUUGGGUCCUCCUCAGGUGUUAAAUAAUAAAACCCUUUACUAGUAUAUCAAAAUGUUAUCUUUAAACAAAAUCAAAAGAAAUCUGAUGAAGCUUAUUCAAUAGUAUGUAGUUAUAAGAUGUGAAAAUGUGAACAUGUUAAUUUUUAUAGGAAGACAUUUUGAAGAAGUGUUCCUUAACACAUAUUUUCAAUUGCAAAAUUCUUAAACUAUGCAUGUUUUUGAUGUUUUCUGAGAUUAAGAUUGAAAUUGAACAGUUAUUUUACAAUGUAUAAUAUAGUUUGUUUUAUAACAGAUAUUCAAUUUUCUUUUAUUAAUAUUUUAUCCAAUCAAAAAUAAUAUAGUUAAUCAAAAUAGAAAAAAAUUUAAUUGUUAGAAAAAUUAUGCUCUCAAAUAAUAUUUACUUUGCAUUAAUUUUUUAAAUCAUGUGUAACCACGUGUAGUUUAAUAGGUUUAAAAAAGCUGUAAAUAUGCAAAGUCAGAUACAUAUUGAACAAUUGCAUAUUUCUCUUUUAUUGCUAAAGGAUUUAUGAUUCAUAUCUAAGACCCCAUUAGAAUAUUUGAAAGACUUUGGGGGGAGGGGGGACUUAAAAAGUAACUUUUGACUUUUUCAUGGCCUUUUCAUAAUAAUGUUUAUAUUUUGCAGUCAUGUUAUUGUGAAAAAGACUAUAUGCAACCUUUUUUUUUGUUUUAUUUUGCCUGAAAAUUAAGGUUAUUGUCAUUUUUAAUUUUCAGGUAUUAUUGGCUAUUUUUCUUUUAAAAAAAAAAAGGUUUAACAUGAUGUUUUCUCAUUAUAUUUGUACCAUUAUUUUUGUGUAAAAUCCAAAUUGACAACAAUAAAAAUAAAGUUUUCAUAUUUGAGUAGAUCCAGGUUAAAAAAUACUGAACAGAUACCAUUAAUGGAAGUUAUUUCAGUGAUCAAUAAUGGAUUGUAGUCUAAGCGAGAAGUUAAUUUAUUAUGAAACUAAGGGCUUUUUAUUUUCUAUUUUAACUAUUCAAAGCAUCAUCAUGGAGUAAUAAGACUAACUGAAGUGAUUUAAUAUAUUGGAUCAAAAUGUUUGUCAAUAUUCAGAGUUUGACUCUGGAUUUGGCUUUGUUGUUCUCACUCUCGGAAAUUCUACUAAUAUUUCCAGAAUUUUUAAAAAAUUUUUGUUGGGUUUUAUUUAUUAUUAUUCAUUAAUAUGCAAUUGAUAGAAUGGUAUGUUUGAAGAAUUUACACAGAUAAUAACAAAUGCUUUUAUUUUUGUAAGUUCAUUGUUUGCCAUGAUAAUUUUUAAGAUUUAGAGCAAAGUGUGGAAAAAUGUAUUUUGAUAUAUUGAACAUUAAAAAAAUCUUAACAAGCAUUUAUAUUAAGGCAAGAGUAGGAGGUUUGUGUUCAUAAUCUCAUUUUUUUUAAGGUCAAGACAGAUAUAAACAUAUAUAAACAGAAAUAGGUGUUUCAGAUACUGGGUGGUGUCUGUGGUCUGUGAUAAAAAGUGAAUAAAUGUCUUUUGACUAAUUGUAUGACCAAAAUAACUGAUAGUCUGAUGUGACAAAUAGUUUACUAAGCAAAUAGAUAUUCAAACAACAAAUAUCUUUCAAAUAAAAAUUAAACUUUAGGACAACAGGUAAAUACUACAUAGUUACUUUUCCUCAUGUCACUUGGUAUUAUGUAUGAAAGGAAAAAUAAAACGUUGAAGAUUGGUUUUGGAACUACAAGCUUUUCUCUAUAUGGUAUGCAAAUAUAAUAUAGUGCUAAAUCAUUAACAAUCCUAGAAACCAAUCCAAACAUCAUUCCUCAGAAUUUUUUUAUACUUUUGUUAGCCUGUAUUAAUACUGCUCAUAAAAGCAAGUAAUUCAGAAUCAUUACUAAAUAUUAUUAUUUUGGAUUUCAAAUAAAUCUAAAGAUUAUUGUCAUUUAGUUUGUCUUGGCAAACUUAUUUUUUUAAGUUCUGAUUUGUAAAUGAUGUUUUUUUCUUUUGCACAUAAGAGUAUGUUAAGAAAUCCUAUGUGAAGGUCUACAAAUAUUCACUGCAUUGAACAGUGAAAGUUCACGAGUAUAAUGCAACUACCACAUGAAAUCAGAAGUCUGCUAAUUUGUUUACCAAAUUUUCACUGUAGGAUAUAGUUAUUUUAAAGUAAUAAUGAUUUAUAAAGGUAAAUAUGAUUUGUUUUUUUCAAUAUUUAAACAUUUAUCCUACUCAUAAGGUUCCAGCUGAAAUUCCUAAUUGCAUUUUUUCUUUUCUUUGUCUUAAGAAUAAUAUUGAUGUUACAUCAAAAACUUGUAACAGAAUGUGGUACAAGAUAUAUUGUUAUUGCUUAAUUAUAAUUUAAAGUUGAUUCUAAAGUAGUUAUCUCCCCUUUUAUGAAACUGCAUUUGUGAUGCUUAAAAUAACAUUUUAGCUGGUUGAUUAAAAUUCAAUCCUUAAUUUUAUUGCAAAUCUAAGAGAUGUGGUACAACUAAUAUUGGUGUACCAAUUUUUCAGGCAGCAAUGUUUUUAUUUUCUAGCUUGUCAGUCUAAAAUCUGUGUUUUGUAAGAGCUAAAAUACUCCAGCCUAUGUAUUUAACUCUGAGUAGAUCAUGUUUCAUGUGCCUCUAUGGAAUGCUUUUUUGUAUGGUGUUUCAAUUCAAAGAACAGAAACGCAAUAAACUUACGUUUUAGGCGUACAAA